UUGUCAAAAUGGGAAUUUAGUUUUUAGAUUAAAUAAGAUAUGUUAUAGUGAUAUUUGUCAAUUACUGAAUAUUAAAAUAAUGAUAUAAAAUUGAAAAAUUUACCUUAAUCUUUCAUAUUUUCCCAGUGAAAAGUUUUUACUAAAUUUAUCUCCAAACAAAAUUGGACCCUAUUUAAGAAAGAGAUCCCUUUAAGAAACAUUGGUAUCAUAUUUCACAUUUAUCUAUUUCCUUUGUCUUUUGUGUAUUUCCUUGGUCAUUUUUUUUAAUCUUGGGUAUCCUUUUGUCUGUGUGUUUCAACUCUGCAUUAUUCAAUUUUUUCGGUGAAAAAUGACUUCUUUAGGGUUCCGCUUCUUCGCUCUGGUCUUGCUUUUAGCAAGAGAAACUUCAUCUUCCAGUGUCAAUUAUCCAUCCUCCAUGGUCAUUUGGCAAAAUUUUCCGGUAGAGACCGUUGUUGCAUCACAUAUGCAAAUAGCUGUCACAAUUAAUUCUACAGCAGGUUCUCAAAAGUUUCAUACAAGACUACAUAAAUAUACUGGUUCUCCUAGAGAAACACUCACAUCGAAAAGAUACAAUUUUCCUUUGAAAUUCAGGAAGAAAAAUUUUGUAGCUCUUGAAAAUGCAAACAAAGCUACAUUUGAUUGCCAAGUUGAACUUCCAUUUAUAGGACAUACAAAGCCAUGGAUAGAGCUUGACACAGGCAAUAUCUACUGCAUUUUCUUCCCAUACUCAAAAACCAUUGAACCUCCUCAUCAUGCUUUAGUACUCAAAGAAGUACCUCAUGUUUCGGCACCUUCAUUUGCACUUCUUCUCGGAAGGCUUUCUGUGUCAGGAACAAGAAAAAUGAUGAACAUAACUUCGGAGGUUAGCAACGUCAUCAUAUCCAUACUUGAAAACUCCGAUGUUCAAAUUCACUGGCGCAAAAAAGAUUACUUAUCGAUGAGCUUGUUGGAAGAUUUUGAUAUAGCAGAGUCUAAGGUUAAGGAACAUAGCGUAAACGAUCAAAUAAUUGUCACACUCUCAGCAGAUCAUCGCGUAAGAAUGAUUAUCCGUUAUAAAAUGGAUGAAUCGCAUAUACCAAUGAUCAAAAACUUGGUGAUCCGCGCUUUCGUCAUUGGCAUCCAAAUAAUCGUAAUAAUCAUCAAUAUAAUAAUGUUUGUUAAAAUUAUUAAAGCCGCUGACAGGGCUAAUAUAAAGGAAAACGACACGACCAAUUCAGAUGAGUAUGACUCCAUUGACUUGAAAACGAGUAUCUGUGUCAUUAAAAAAUCGAUCUGUGAAAUAGAAAAAAUAAUAGACGAAGCAAGGUAAGGGACUAAGGAUGGUCGCAUCAUUGUUACUUGUUAGCAGCAUAGUAAUAAAUUUUUUUUAAAAAAAGAUAAUUAAUUUCCAUUUUGACUAUCCAUGGAACUUUUGCUAAUUGUAUAUAGCAGUCUUAGCAGAUCAUGAAUAUCUUCACCAGAAAAAAAAAA